UCUGAUGACUGGAAGCUACGUUGGAAGUUAUGACCUUGGUAGCCAGUCAGAUGAGAGCUAUCAUUUUAAGAGAUUACACAUAGAGCCUAUAUAUGAUGCAUUUAUAUGCCCUUUAACAAAAUAAAUUAUGCACGAUCUUGUUACCUUAGAAAAUGGACAAACUUUUGAGCGAGAAGCCAUUGAAAAGUGAUUCAAAGAAUGCAAGGAGAGCGGAAAAACACUACUUUGUCCGUUGACUCUAAAAGAAUUAAGAAGUACGAAAAUGAACCCGAGUAUAGCUCUGCGGAACACCAUUGAAGAAUGGAAUGCCAGGAAUGAAGUUGUUCAACUUGAUAUGGCUCAAAAGUCAUUAUAUCUGACUAGUCCAGAGAACGAAAUUAUGCAGAGUUUGAAGUUUGUCUAGUACCUCUGCCAUAACAGCCGGUCAAAUAAACAUGUUAUUCGCAAUGCGGAGCUGAUAUCUACAAUUGUUGACAUGUUGAAGAGCAGCAGUCGUAGAGUUCAUUGCAAAGCUUUGGAAACUCUUCGAAUUGUACCAGAGGAAGACUCUGAUAAUAAGGAGAUAAUGGCUGGAGGGAACACAGUACGAACAAUAGUUAAGUUCUUGUCUCAUGAGCAGUCAAAAGAGAGGGAAGAGGCUAUCUCUCGGCUGUUUGAGCUCUCCAAGUUUGAAACUUUGUGUGAAAAGAUUGGUUCCAUUAAUGGAGCAAUUCUUAUAUUGGUUGGAAUGACUAGCAGCAAAUCAAAAAAUCUGUUGACUGUUGAGAAGGUUGAUCGAACUUUGGACAAUCUCGCUAAGUGUAAGAAUAAUGUAAGACAAAUGGCUGAAAAUGGUAGAUUGCAACCUUUUUUAACACUACUCCUUGAAGGUAUUUCCACUAUCAUCAUUAGUUACGCGCUGAUUUGCUUGCAAAAAAUGUACCUUUUUUGCAAAAGGCAGAACAUAAGUUUUAUUCUUUGAUAUUUAGAAUGGACGUAACAAUUUUCCACGUGGAAUGAAAGUCCGCUGUUGACAAGAGGUCCUAUGGUACAACUUUAUAAAACUAACAAGGUAGAAUGAAUAAGGCGGUUAAUGGAGAUCAUGAAGGAGGCAACAAUUAAGAGUUUAGUUUAUUUAGGAGUUAAAAGUUUAAUUAGGUUUUUAUAUCUUAAUAUUUUUUUUGUUGCCUUAUUGGAUUGUUCCUUUACUUUGGUCUAUGUAUGGGACUUGAGUGUAUUGAAUUAUUGGAGUUAUUGCCAUAAUAUUGAGAACGGAACUUAUAUACUUCACCCCUCUCUCUCAGGCCGUCUCUUCUUCUUAUUCUUCUCUUCUUUCCCAACUCUUGUCUGGCUACUUUCCCUUGUCUGUUUUUUCUUUCCUUCUACUGUCCGCUGCAUCCAUUUUGGUAUUAGACAAUCCACAAUCCUUUUUCAUCAAUUUUGGUAUCAGACGAUCCACCCAAUCCAUCGGACCACACCAAAAACCAAGCCAGAUUAGAACCAGAACAGUCUUAGAACAGCCUUGGAGGAGGUAUCCCAUGAACUCGUACAUCACCUUUUUGGUAAGUCUCGCUUGUUUUAUCUUUUUAUUUUUUUCAUGUUGGUUAGUAUAUACUAGUUAAAGCACAGCAGUUUGACUACUUAUUAACUAAGGUUUAACAAGUUUCAAGAUGUAUUUAAUGAAAAUAGAUUCAUUAUCAAAAUUCUUACUUAGCAUGACCCUAGUUAAAAUACAUACUAACCAAAGUAGAGACAAAACAAUGUGUUUACGUUUUUGUGUAUUUUUGCUAGGCAAUGUUGGAGUUGCUCUAAGUUAGUGAUGUGAUUAAUAGGACCUUGCCAUGUAGAAAGGAACUUCUAGUUUUUAAGCAAGUCAUUGUGUACACAAUUUGUAUUGACAUGGAUAGAGUUAUUAUUUGGAGCAAUUAUUUGCUAGCUUUUGAUGUCUCUGUAACCCAGCUUUUGACGUCUCUGUGGAUAAUUUUCACUUGAGAACCUUCAUGGAGAUAUGCAAGCCCCUCUGUUAUUCCCUAUAUGAUGUCGAACCGCUGCUUGCAGCUUAUAAUUUGAGUCUUGUUCUUAUCUGCAUGGAAUAAAAGAGUGUCGCCACUUAAAGAUACAAUUGAAAGAAUGCGCAAGGAUAUCUCAGGUUUUGCUUUAUAAGCUUUAGUCAAUUAUAAUAUAGCCAAAAUAAAUAAAUAAAUAAAGUCACAAGUUUCAGGUCAUAGUCAUGUGAAACUCCAUAAGGGAGUAGGAUUAAUCUCACAUAGAUAAGGUGAUAGUAAAAGCAGUAAUAGGUAUAUAAGUAGAUGAAUGGAAAAAGGAAAGCAUGUUUGCAUGGUUUGUUAUGUGCUAUGAUUAUAUGAAUACAUCUAUAACUGCAAUUUUGAGUGAAUUCAGUAAUCCUUUAAUUUGUGUAGCA